GAUGAUAGUACAGGUUUAACGAAAUGAUGCCAAACCACGAUAUUCCUCUCUUGGGCAAGCGCUGAAGAGAAGACUUCAAUAGCUUAACAGUCCGGUCGCAAGUGAUAAAAUGACGACUAGUCUCCUAAUCUGCUAGUAUUUAUCGUCUUACGAGGUCCGGACGCUCCACGGGACCAAUCCCUGAGCACGCAUCAGCAUGGGUGUACCUAUCGUAUCAUAUCCCUGCCCCCCCUACAAUGAAAGAAAUUUUCUUUAACUUUAACUCUUCCUUAGGCUGUGAACAGUCUCCCGACCGUUGUGGGACGAGCAGUUGGUGAUCCUUCUGCCGGAAUAUCUGGUUUCUUUCAGCAGUCGCUGGAUGCCGACUUUUCCUUUGAUGCUGUAAUGUGGGAUGAGCCCGAGCCGGCAAUGUCCUUAACAGCCGAAACGACCAGGGCCAGAAGUGACAGGCCUGCGGCUGCAGGUGCACUGAACCCGCCACCCCCGCUACCAAGCGUAGUGGUAACUGCUGACGACGAAGAGACCUGGUUUGACUCGAUUCCUCCUGCAACGUUGGAGGAUGGAAUGCAGAACCUAGAUUCAACCCUGGGUACACAGCGCCAGUAUUCGACUGUGUACCUGGGGGAUCGAAGAUCAUCAUCAUCAACAUCACCAUCGUCGAGGUUUGAUCUGCAAAGCCAUGGAAUGAUCUCGCCGAUUUCUGCCCUGUCUUCGAGCUCACAGGAGACAGAACCAUGGAAUAUAUCCGUCUUCAACGAACAAGGUUCUCUUAACAGUAGCUACAGCACCACAACCUUGGAAUCAUAUUAUUUAUCUCCCAGCACAUUUCCAAUGGCACGAGCCACCUCUUCUUCAACAUCGUUUCAGUACAUUAGCCCGACCAUGUCGCGCAGGUCGUCGUCAAGUGGUUCAUCGUCUUCCUGGGCUGUAGCAACGCCGGGCUCGGAGAGCAAUGCGUCCAUAGCAUUCGACGAGGAACCAGGGAAUGUUAAGACAGAAGUACCAGCACAACUUCCAAACGUCAUACCCGAUGCCCCUCGCGGCCCCUGUAGUAGGGAAUGGCAUCUUCCACCGAGAACUAGGAGAAAACGAAAACCAAAAGCUAGAAACACUCCCAAGAAGCAGUACCGAAGACCCAACAAUUCUCGCCGCCGUGGCCCAUUCAAAGAUGACGAUAAGCGGUUGAAUACAGCUCUUACUAGAAAAUUGAGGGGUUGCAUUCGAUGUCGAAUGAUGCGAAUUCGGUGCGAACCCGACAAAAAGAACCCAGGUGGUGAUUGCCUAACGUGCAAACGUACACAUAAUCCUAAGGCCCCUAGCAUCCGACAAAUACCCUGCCUUCGCUGGAUCAUCACCGACGUGUCUCUAUACCGAGAACAGGUUAAGCCGUGCCAACUGUUCAGCAGGCGGUGGCAAAGUAUGGAUAUAGUGAACAUAACUGACUGGGGGUCGACUGAGACCAAGACUAUAACGCUAUCGCAGAUUUACCUUGAUGCACCAUAUACCGUUUCGGUCAGGCAGUUUGUACCAGUGGAAGGUGAUAUGCUAGAAUUCAAAUGGAUGUCAGGCUCCGUCGUCAGGCAUCAUAGAGUACCCGCCUACGCGCUUGCUGACAUGGAGGAAGCGGCAAAAACACUGGUGGAUUUUACAUCCUAUUACAUACCACAUUAUAUCCUUCAAACGGUUGGAAGAUUGGAUCUUUUGAUCUGGGGAACAUAUUAUUUUGCCUUUCACUAUCAGAAAAAAGCAAAAACACCCAGAGAGCAAAAGCUGAUUCAUAACUGCUUGAGGUUCUGGGUUGCUUGUCGCAAAACCAGCCAUCCUGAACGUAUUUAUUCGUCUGAAAACCAUGGCGGUGACAUCGUCAAUGACCCAGGAAGCCCGUUUUAUAAUGUGGUGCCCAUGCCGCCCAUAAUGAUAGCGCAAAUGGAAUGUAUCAUGUAUACCAAGGUCCUCCGUCCAAUCAGUCAGCAACUGCUGUCCGAUAUGAAGGACCUUAUUAUGGAAAACAAACGGGAGAACUGGCUGACCACCUAUCUAACCCUAUUUAUAUUACUACACAGCUGCGCUAUGCUGACGAGACGGGACUGGGAGACAGCCCGCCAGUUCAAUUUAAAGGAUGAGUACGCAAACCCCAUGAGUAUUCAAGGAAUGCAGAAUGGCAUGCAUAUCCUUCUCGCCCACUUUCACUACCUCAACAAAGGUGUCUCACCUUUCCACAUGACCUAUGACGAGAAAGCGCUGCGGGAGUUAGCAAGUGCUGCAGAAUUGGAUAAAGAGCAACUCGAGUUCAUCAAGUUCACCUCCGGGCUGGUCAAAACCCCUGGAAGAGACACGUACGUAGCGAAUAUCCGGGCAAAUAGAGAUUUUGGAGAUCAUUUGUACUGGGUUUCGCAGUUGUAUGAUUCUGAAUGGAAGCCUGGGCCUACCGCUUAGAUUUGGGUGGUUUUCAUUGCCAGGUACUGUGAGAUAGUGAAGAUAUAAUAAUAGAUAACAUUCUGUUCAUCGUCAUAAUAAA